AUGAAGAAACAAGUUCUCAUCUCCUCCUUCUUAAUCAUGUUCCUCUUCACCACAACCUCAGGCCAGUCUCCGGCCCAAUCUCCAUCGCAGAACCCGGUGGUGAAGCCUGCUCCUCAAACCCCGGCUCAAGCUCCAGCUGCCAAACCAGCCCUAGUCCAACCCCCAACCCCUCCUGUCCUCCCUGCCCCCACCCUAGCCCCGUCUGCAGAGCCCCUCGUCCAUUCCCCGCCGCGCAAGGCCCCAAAGCCAGCUCCCCCCAAUGUCACCGAUAUCCUCGACAAGGCCAGCGGCUUCAGCGUCUUCAUCCGCCUCCUCCACAACACCGACGUCAUCAACCAAAUCGAGAACCAGCUCAACUCCUCCAACAGCAUGACCAUCCUGGCCCCGACCAACGGCGGAUUCUCAAGUCUGAAAGGAGGCAUUCUCAACUCCCUCACUCCCGAGCAGAAAGUCCAGCUCCUGCAAUUCCACAUCCUCCCGUCGUUCCUGUCGCUCCAAAACUUCGAAACCGUAACCAACCCGGUGCGUACUCAGGCGAGUAACACCGAAGAUUACCCCAUGAACAUCACCACCGAAGGCAGCUUCGUCAACAUAUCCACCGGCAUCGUCAACACCACGAUCUCCGGCACAGUGUACGCCGAUAACCAGCUGGCGAUUUACCGAGUCGACAGCGUGCUUCUACCUAUGGGAAUUUUCGCUCCGAAAGUUGAUUCUCCAUCGCCAUCACCGUCGCCUGAUCCGGCACCUGUUCCGGCGCCAGUGAAGCCUAAGAAGGAGGCAUCAGCUUCCGCUUCAGCAUCCGCAUCUUCGCCAUCGAACUCAUCGUCGUCGGCGUUGAAACCAUCGCCAAAGACGAAUUCUUCAUCGGCGUCGGCUUUGAUCAGCCCAGUUGCGGCGUUGGAUGAGUCCGGUGCAGCUGGUCAUGUGAGGUCUGUUGGCAUUGCUUUCGGAGUUAUUCUGUUGGGUCAAUUUCUUUGA